AUUUCCCGGGUCGUGAGGAAAGGAAAGCGAAGGCCGCCGACAUGUCUCUCUCCAACAAGCUCACGCUGGACAAGGUGGACGUGAAGGGGAAGCGGGUCGUCAUGAGAGUUGAUUUCAAUGUCCCCAUGAAGAACAAUGCAAUAACCAACAACCAAAGAAUCAAGGCAGCUGUGCCAAGCAUCAAGCACUGCUUGGAUCAUGGAGCCAAGUCUGUUGUCCUGAUGAGUCACUUGGGUCGGCCUGACGGAGUUCCAAUGCCGGACAAGUUCUCUUUGGAGCCCGUGUCGGCUGAGCUCAAAUCACUGCUAGGCAGGGAUGUCACAUUCUUGAAAAACUGUGUGGGUCCAGAGGUGGAGGCGGCUUGUGCUAAUCCUGCAAAUGGCUCUGUCAUUCUUCUGGAAAACCUCCGAUUCCAUGUUGAAGAAGAAGGAAAGGGCAAGGAUGCCUCAGGGAAUAAGAUCAAGGCUGAUCAAGCAAAGGUAGAUGCUUUCAGAGCAUCACUUUCUAAACUAGGAGACGUGUAUAUCAAUGAUGCUUUCGGAACUGCACAUAGAGCCCACAGUUCCAUGGUUGGUGUCAAUCUGCCUCAGAAGGCUGCAGGGUUCCUGAUGAAGAAAGAACUGGACUAUUUUGCUAAGGCUUUAGAGCAUCCAGAGCACCCCUUCCUAGCAAUCCUUGGAGGAGCGAAAGUUCAAGAUAAGAUUCAGCUGAUCAAUAACAUGCUGGAUAAAGUCAAUGAGAUGAUUAUUGGCGGUGGGAUGGCAUUCACCUUUCUCAAGGUUCUCAACAACAUGGAGAUUGGCAACUCAUUGUUUGACGAAGAGGGAUCAAAGAUCGUCAAGGACCUGAUGGCCAAGGCAGAGAAGAAUGGGGUGCGGAUCUCUUUGCCCGUGGACUUCAUCACUGCAGAUAAAUUUGAUGAGAAUGCCAACACUGGAAAAGCUACAGUGGCCUCUGGGAUCCCUGCUGGAUGGAUGGGCUUGGACUGUGGCCCUGAAAGCAUUAAGCUGUUUGUUGAAGCGGUGGGCAGAGCCAAGCAGAUUGUGUGGAACGGUCCAGUCGGUGUGUUUGAGUGGGAGAAAUUUGCCGGCGGAACCAAAGCUGUGAUGGAUAAGGUUGUGGAAGUUACAGCCAAAGGAUGUGUUACCAUCAUUGGUGGUGGAGACACUGCUACAUGCUGCGCUAAGUGGAACACUGAAGAUAAAGUUAGUCAUGUUAGCACUGGAGGUGGUGCCAGCCUGGAACUUCUAGAAGGUAAAGUUCUUCCUGGGGUCGCUGCUCUGAGCAACGUGUAAUGCGUACGUGUCACGCAGGAUGGAUCAGAACAUCCUCCCUCACAUGUUCCUGUGCACCUUGUCCUGCGAGCAGCCACUGCAGUGCUUCUUUUUAUCUGUACCAUCAGCAGAUCACAAGAAUGUAAACUGGAAGCAAGUAAAGGGAUUUGAUGCGGUUAAGAUGUCUGUUUAGCAGAGUUGCAGUUUACAUGAUGCUGAUGGGUCCACAGUUACCCCAUCUGAACUACUGUAGUGUUAAAUGGUUUUUGUGGUUUUAGAGUGUAUAUAUUUAUAUUUUUUGCCUUUUGUAAAAGGCCAAGUUUCCCCAGUAGUUGCCAACUUCUCAAAACCAGUUUCUCCGUUCUGCUUCAACAGUGUUUCCAACUGCUGCUAUUUGUCACUUUUACACAAGCCAGGGGAAAAAUACAAAUUUCUGGACAUUGAAGACAAUGUUAGCUUCUAAAUAAACGUUUAAGUUGCAAAUAAA